AUGCUUAUGUUUAUUGAGAAGGAGAGGCUUAAGACGUUUAAAGGAUGGCCAAAUGAUAGUUCUUGGCACUGUACUCCAGAAAAGCUUGCACAAGCUGGAUUUUACUUCAGCCGAUGUUCUGAUUGUCCUGACAAUGUGUGCUGCAUAUUCUGCCUGAAAGAAUUAGAUGGGUGGGAGCCAGAUGAUGAUCCAGUCAAAGAACACACAAAGCAUUCACCCAAAUGUCCCUUUUUUACUCUGAAGAAGCCAGUUGAAAAUCUUACUACCACUGAAUUUGUAAAAUUAGCCAUGGAAAUAUUGAUGAUAAAGACCGAGAAAAUUUUUGACAAAAAUAUCAAGGAGUUUGAAGAGCAAGGCAAAGUGAACAGAAUGCAAUAUCAGAUCACAUAAAUGGAAACUAAUGUAAAGAACAUGACUCACAUUUGUAUAUACUUGCCUUUGUUGCUAAUGCAUUUUAAAAAUAAAACCUUGUAUACAAUAAUUGGUUGAGUUGUCACAGUGCCUAAUACGUUUUGCCUUAUUAUGUCAUUAGCAUCACAUUCAUACAAUACAUUGUUUUACAUUCAUCAUGUCCUAAUCAACAUCUGGUAUUGAAGUAUCGCUUUUGUAAUAA